AUGGGAGCUUCACAGAGCAAGGAGAAGAUGCAUUGCACCAGAUACCUGAACGGAAAAGGUCCUCCACCGCUGACUGAGACAGAUGAACAAGGAUCAAGCAACCUCAAAAAGAACUCACUGAUAAAACAAGGAAAUCAGCCAGACGGAGGGCAGAUGAAUUGGAAAAUCGAAAGACGGAGUUUGCCGGGACAUUCUGACUGUGACACAAUUCAAAUCCUCUUUCAAUUUGAUGAUGGAAUCCAGUCGGACAAGCAUCCUCACCCAGGACACAGCUACUAUGGCACUGAAUGUGUGGCCUACCUGCCUCAGAACACCACAGGGACCAAGAUCCUCCGGCUACUGGAGCAGGCCUUCGAGCACAAGCUGCUGUUCACUGUAGAGGCCAAUAGCAGCGGUGAAUACUGUGUGAAGCCUGCAGAUAUACCCCUCAAGACUCUGGACAGCGGCGGACCUGGAAGUUCGGGCUAUCCAGAUCCAACGUACUUGAAAACAGUGAAGAAUAGUCUCAAAGUCAAAGGGAUUAAAUGAGAGAGGAUGGACUUUAAUUAUCAUGACUGUUGUUUCCCAACCUCAUCAUGACCCUGUGUGAUCGAAAU